AAAAAGUGACCAAAUCUCACGGCAACACCACACAACUAUUGAACAGGUCAUAGUUACCUUAAACAUUCAGAAACCUUUUAACUAACCCAACACUAGUGCCGAUAACUUAGGCACUUUCACAUGUUACAUCACUAUUUUCAUCUCCUUAUAUUCCUUCACACACUCCCCUAAAAAACAAGUUCAUUUUCUCUCAACAAUUCACUUUUCUCUCUUCUUUUUUUUGUUGCAACUAUGGCUUCACCUCCAUUGAAAAAUGAACUUGACAUUGUGAUUCCUACUAUAAGGAACCUUGAUUUUUUGGAAAUGUGGAGGCCAUUUUUUGAACCUUAUCAUUUGAUCAUUGUUCAAGAUGGUGAUCCUUCAAAAACUAUUAAGGUUCCACCUGGUUUUGAUUAUGAACUUUAUAAUAGGAAUGAUAUUAAUAAGCUUCUUGGUCCAAGGGCUUCUUGCAUUUCAUUCAAGGACUCUGCUUGUCGUUGCUUUGGUUACAUGGUUUCUAAGAAGAAGUAUAUCUUCACCAUUGAUGAUGAUUGCUUUGUUGCCAAUGAUCCAACUGGAGCCAAAAUCAAUGCCCUUGAGCAGCACAUCAAGAACCUUUUGUGUCCAUCAACACCAUUGUUUUUCAAUACCCUUUAUGACCCUUUUAGAGAAGGGGCGGAUUUUGUUCGCGGAUACCCUUUUAGUCUUCGUGAAGGUGUUCCAACCGCUAUUUCUCAUGGACUUUGGCUCAACAUUCCUGAUUAUGAUGCUCCUACUCAGCUUGUCAAGCCUCUUGAGAGGAACACUAGGUAUGUGGACACUGUUUUGACCAUACCAAAAGGAACAUUAUUUCCAAUGUGUGGAAUGAACUUGGCAUUUGAUCGUGAUCUGAUUGGACCAGCUAUGUAUUUUGGUCUCAUGGGUGAUGGUCAGCCAAUUGGACGCUACGAUGAUAUGUGGGCUGGCUGGUGCUGCAAGGUGAUUUGUGAUCAUUUGGGGCUAGGAAUCAAGACUGGACUUCCCUAUAUCUAUCAUAGCAAAGCAAGUAACCCAUUUGUGAACCUAAGGAAAGAGUACAAAGGCAUAUUCUGGCAGGAAGAUAUCAUUCCAUUUUUCCAAAAUAUGGUUCUUCCAAAAGAAUGCACAACUGUUCAAAAGUGUUACAUUGAAAUGUCAAAGCAAGUCAAAGAGAAACUUGGAAAGAUAGAUCCUUAUUUUGACAAAUUGGCAGAUGCUAUGGUCACUUGGAUUGAAGCUUGGGAUGAACUUAACCCUGCCAAAGCAUCAUCUUAAGUCAAUCACAAAGCAUAAACCAAUGUUAAACUAUUAAAAAAAAGUUGAAGUAACGACGGAAAAAUAAAAUUGAUCGACAAGUUUGGCAUCGCUAAUACUUGGCGACAAAAUUAGAGACGGGUUUAUCUCUUUUUGUCUCUAAAUAUCCGUCGGUAUUUCAAUUUUUUAUAGUAGUUGUUCAAUUGCAAACAUUGCCAAUGAUCUUGAGUUUGAGCUAUUUAAAUACGUUGUGUAAUUUUGUUUUUAAUGUUAUUGUCACUAUAAAUUUGCAGCAUUGUUAGCUGCAAUUCUAAUUUUAAACAUGUGGUUUAAGGUUAGAAACAAUAAAGUACAAUGAUCUAGUUCAUUGUUUACUUGUGAUUUUGUUUUAUGAUGAGUAUUGGAGAUCAUUAAUUGUUUGUUGGACCUUAUAUCAUUUUGGAAUCUAUUUGUUUUUAUGCGAAAGCAAGUGUUGUUAGUCAUUAUUUAUGUUUUUAAUAUAGAUCAAAAGCGAGUGUCGCCUAUAAGAUUUUGGGUG